AUGGGCAGCCAAAGAUUCUUGCCACACGGUUGCCUGAGGAUUUUGAUUACGAGGAUAUCGAAAUUUUCUUUGAAAAUAGGCGCAAAUUUGGUGAAGAUAGAUUAUAAUGAAGAAGAACAGUCCGUAGUACUUACAUAUGAAAAUGAAUCGGCUGUAGACCACGUUCUCAGUAAAUGCCCACUUAAGAUACGCGGUGUAGAGGUUCAGCUUGACAAACUCCAUGUGAAUGUAUAUGAAAAGGAUGAGACGUCGGACGAUAAGAUUGAAAACGAUGUAGAGUUUAAUGGUACGCAGACGAAGAUACUUGUAGAAAAUAUUCCUGAAAGCAUUGACGAGGGGGCAUUAGAAAUGUACUUUGAAGCGAGGAAAUUAAAGUGCUGUCAAGUGGUGAAUGUUGAUCUUGAUGAGGAAGAAAGAAAUGCUGUCAUCGAAUUCGCUGAACCAGGCCAUGUCGAAUUGGUCUUGCAUUACUGCCCACAUCAUUUAAAGAAGCAGAAAGUUUCUGUUCAAAUUUAUGUACCAAAACGCUUAGACACAAUCAUAGUAAAGGGUCCACCAGACGUUGUAAAUGAGGACUGUUUAGACUCAUUGGAAAUGUAUUUUAAUAACAAGAAGAAAUCUGGAGGUGGGGGUGUUAAUAAAGACAAUUCUACGUACAGUGCAGAGGAAAACUGUGUAUAUAUAACAUUCGAGAAGGAGAAAGUUGCACAAAGAGUUGUAAACAGAGGAAAUCAUAAAGUACUUAGAAAAGAAAUUGAAGUCACCUUAUUCAAACCGACACGCUCAACAAAAGUACCACUCUUACGAAGGCAAACGGGUAAUCCAGAUUCCAAAAGCAGUGUCGUAAAGCACAGUGAAGUAAAUCAAGAAUCGGUUAAGACAAUACGUAUCCGUGGUAUGAACAACAUCAGCAGCAGGGAAAUGGUAAAUUGGUAUUUUGAAAACAAGAAGAGAUCCGGAGGAGGGGAUAUCGAGAACAGAUACACGGAUGAGGAGGACGAUGAUAUAGUCUACAUCCGGUUUAAGGCGGAAGAAGUUGCAACGACUGUAGCAGAGCGACACCAUAGAGUGGAUGGAGUUGAGCUUUCAGUAUCCUUGUACACUCCACCCGUCCCUCCGCUUAGCUACACAAACAAGAUACUGUUUAAAGGGCUGAAUGAAAAAAUAACAGAGAGUGUACUGGGCCUUUUUCUCGAGGCUAGAGCAAACUACACUCUUGUAAAGGGGAGUCUUACAUAUCAUGCAGACCAUGAUGAUACUGCUAUAGUAACAACAGAGCAGGACAUUGACUUGGAAAAAUUGGAACAGGUUUGCAAGGUGAAGCCAUUGGAAGGCUCAAACCUCAAAGUUUCCAGCGUUCCAAUAUCAAACUGCAUCAUCGUUUCCAACAUAUCUGACAAUGUCCACAAAGACAUGGUUGAGCUGUACUUUGAAAAUAACAAGAGGAGCAAUGGUGGACCCGUUAGCAAAGUCGAGAUGUUCAAAAACCAAGGCUAUUGUUUGGUUUACUUCAAUGAUUACAAAACUGUGGAUUCUGUUUUACGUAAGGAGCAAACGUUGGGCGGAAGUACAGUUGAAGUUAAAAGAUACAUUCAAUGUAUUGCAAGAGCAGAAGGGGACUCGGUUUAAAGAAGGUUUCAAUUUCCUUAACCCUUAACGAUAUAUUUUAGCCAAAGAAACCCAUCGGUUGAAUUAUCAUGUUCAUGAACGACAGACAUCAAAUAUUGCAUUGCAUUGGUACCAACUGGAAGAAUCAAGAAGAACAAAGUUUCAACGAGUAUAUGGCCAAUAUAUCUGAGCAAAAUACGCCUGUUAUGGAAGAGCCAUACGAGAGAGUGUGUGUUGUGUGUGUGUGUGGGGGGGGGGAGUUUAUUACUUAAACUUUUUAUUACUUUUAUCAUUAUCACAGUUAGAACAUGUGGAAGGUGUAAAUGAAUAUUGGCGCUCGUAAACAUGUAUGUCUCAUGAAAAUGAAUACUGUUUUAACCUGUGUUAUGAUCUGAUGAAUAAAUGAACAAUGCAUAUCACCCGCCUUUACCUGUAUUAAAAGUAUACUCACUAGAAAAAGUGGUCUAUCGUGAAUGCUGUAGAUUCUCGAUCGGAUUUAACACGUUUGAAAACGUGCACUCAUCAGACACUGAAAUUCACAGUAGCUUACGAGCUGAAGACCUUGUCCAAAUUAGUGCCCUUAUUCAAAUCUUUCGAAGAAAAAUUGCCCUCUACGGUAUGGAAACAUCGUCGAUGGCAACCUACAGGGUCUAAACAAUAAAGUCAUAGUACGGCUUGUACAACUGUCAAUGAUCAGUUUGUCACUCCUGUUAAAUCUGUGCUAAUCAGUUUUUAUCUUUAAAGACGACGUUACGUAUAUUGACUAUUCACAUUAUGUUUGAUAUCAUUGACAAUUACAUGAUCUUUACUUCGUAUCACUUAGUCGUGCUAAACUUAUUACCAAAUACAAAAUAUUUAUUUUUUUUCCGAUAUUUGAAAUUAAACCAAAUGAUUGGCCUUAUACUGAAUCCAAAGUUUUGACCAGUAAAAGUUGUCACAUAAAUGAAUUAUAAGAAGACAAUACUAGUACUUUUCACAAUUGCUUUGUUUUUUAUUCUGUACUGUUUCAAUAUAUAUAAGGGCUGCGAAAUCUCAACGAAAACAGUUUAAAUAUUCAAAUUAUUAGGUCAUUAUAAUGUCAUCUGGAAAAUAAUGACGGUAGCAGUAGCAGUAAAAAAGUUAUAUUUAUUCAUACAAUGCUGAUUGUUUUAUAAUUUGAAAUAAUACAUAUUAAUUACCAUUAAAACAUCUA